AUUUUUCAAAUGAUGCUCAAGGGCCACACCUAUAUGACGAUUGAGAGCCAAGCCGGUACCGUCGCGCUGGAAUGCAGGGAAGCUUGUCACACUGAUUUCAGAUGUCAAAGCUAUAAUAUCGUUAUACUUAAUUCAAAGUGCGAGUUAAACAACCGGACCAAAGAGGCCAGACCUGAGGACUUUGUCAAACAUAAAGACAGAUACUACAUGGCGAGAAACUCAAAACGAGUCCCUCUCGGCUCUAUUCCUGAGCUGCCUGCCUAUUCGUGCCGAGAGAUUAAGGCGAGUGAGGGAGGACAAGCGGUCAGCGGUACAUACUGGUUGGAUUCCACCAGGUCUGGGAACUCUAUUCUAGCUCACUGUGACAUGAAAAAAGAAGUCGCAGAUUACUGCAUUCAACACCAGUGCCAAAACAAUGCCAGGUGCAUAAACCAUCACGUGAACUACACGUGUGCCUGUAACUUAUCUGGGUGGACUGGAAACUUCUGUGAGCAAGAGCCAGAGUUUAAAGCUGUCUUUACAAACCUUGGUUCGACUGCACCUGAUGGUCCAAGCUCAAUUGGCAGUCACUAUACCGGGCAAGAUCAUGACGGACAAGUUACCGUGUCCAGCGGUAUUCAAUUGUGGACUGUGCCAUACUCUGGAGAAUAUAAAAUAGAAGCAAUAGGAGGUGCAGGGUGGAAAGAGAGGGCCUGGCUCCCAAACAACUACAGGAGGCGGGGGAGGUACAUUUGUGGUGAGAGGAAGCAAUACGCCUUUAAUCAUAGCUGGAGGUGGUGGGGGAAUUAA